AUGGUCGAGCUCCAGUCGAUCUUCCAAAAGGCCUACUGGUCCCUGAUGGCCGGUGGCCUGGCCUAUGUUGCUUUCGUUCUUGCAUCGACAUCUCCAAAAGUUCAAAGAUUUGCUCUGUACGCCAAUAGGGUCAAUCCAACUGCCUGGCAGGACAUCAAUGAUGUCGAGAGCUUUGGCUUCCUGAGGACACAAGUCCAGCCGUUCAGUCUGAGAACACCCGACAACGAGACGGUAUAUGGCUGGCACAUCCUGCCUCUCCACCUCUGCCGGGAACAUGAGGAGGUCCUUUCAGCGAGUGAACUAUCAGGCCCGGCAGAGGACUAUAGCAAGACUGCUGCAUUUAAGCUUCUUGCGGAAGACCCGAAUGCGAGAGUCGUCAUAAGCUUCCAUGGAAAUGCAGCACACCUUGCUAGCGCUCAGCGACCGGAGACGCAUCGAAUGCUCCUGGGACUAUCGACUCCUUUGGAUCCUGUCCAUGUGUUUACCAUUGACUAUCGCGGAUUUGGUCUCUCGACGGGAUCACCCACGGAAGAAGGACUAAUCACCGACGGGGUUUCCUUACUGAACUUCCUCACUUCAUCUCCUCUAAACGUACCUCCCUCUCGAAUUGCCAUCAUCGGGCAGAGUCUGGGGACAGCCGUCAGUGCCGCGGUGACGGAACGAUUCUACUUUGGUCACCCCGACCCAACGCUCAUCCAGCCCGCCAUCUCGGACCCGGAGCCCUUUGCUGGCGUCGUGCUGGUCGCCUCCUUCAGCAAAAUUUCAAGUCUGAUCAAGACGUACAGCCUCAAGGGUCUAACCCCGCCGCUGUACGGCCCGCUCCUCCGAUAUCCCCGCUUAGAAAGCUGGAUCUCCAGCCUCAUCGUCGACACCUGGGACACGGCUGCACGCGUGGCACGGCUGACGGGCAUAGGCCCGACCGCCGAGAAGGACUCGAAGACAUCGUACGCCCACAAGGGGCUCGACCUCACCAUAAUCCACGCCUUGAACGAUGCAGAUAUCCCGUGGUUCGAGGGCCACGCCGUCUGGAAAGCAGCAACUAAUGAAGGCGGCAACGGAUCUAUCAUCUACGAGAAAGACCAGGAUAACGGCCCUGGCCAGGUGAGGAUUUGGGAGAGAGAUGUUGGGACGGGAAAGAAGAGAGUCAGAUGGGAACGGGUCGGAUACGGUGGCCACAAUCGAGUCGCGACAUUCUCGGUUGCAAGCCUUGCUGUUUUGAGGGCAUUCGAGGAAUAGACUUGGGAAAUAUAAAUAUAUACCCCUUAUACUGGGCAGAAAUUGAAUAUCAUUCUUCCAUAUAGACUCUGUAUGUAAAGACUGUCGCACAGAACAUAGGUAUCCUGAUGACCCAUCCUACUGUAGAGGGAAAUACUUCAAGUUCAACGUUGGAUAAUCGUCGAUUCUAUUCUAUGAGAGGAGUAAACCAGGAACCUUCAAAAAAAAGAGAAAAAAAAAAGAAUAUAAACCCAAGUCCAAACAAGAAGACCCCUUGACAUAUAACACUAUCAUACAUGUGCAG